AUGCCAACCGGUUUCACAGAAUCCUUCUGGUCGCCAGACUAUGCUGGAGGCCUCGGAAAGCUUUUCGCAAAACUUCAACAAGGUGUCGUCGAGAACCAGCAGGUCAUAACUAUUGCCCGUCUACGAGCCGACGCUGAAGAUGCCUACGGCGAUAAAUUGAAAGGAAUCGCGCCGGCUGCUGAGCGGCCGGACGGUUUCGCUAGGGAUGAAGGAGCUAGCACUAGGAAGGCAUAUGAGGGGAUCAAAAAGGAAAUGGACUCGGCCGGAGAAAGUCACAGAAAAGUCGCAGAGAACAUUCGCAAGCUCGUUAUUGAACCUUUCUCGAGAUGGGCUGAGGCACACGAGCAACGUGUGGAGAUGUCCCACGAUGACUUACAGAACAAAAUCCGAAACCACGAUAAGCAGACCGAAAAUGUAAAGAAGCUGCGAAACAACUUUUUCAACAAAUGUAGACUGCUGGAGGACUACGACCAGGAGAAAGAAUUGGGAUUCCAGAGCUUGAGCUUGGUUGACAAGGCCAAAGAGGCUAAGCCCACUGCAAAUGGAGAAAAAGAUGUUACAUCCCCAUCUUCUGCGACCGCACCGACAGCCCCUGAAAUCAAGGUUGCAGAGGUCGAAGAUGACGAAGAUUCGUACGAAAUCGGAGAUAUGUUUUAUGCACCAUCACAGCUGAAGAAGAUCCUUACGGCUGCUUUGGACACCCUGCCGAUGAAUGAGGUUAAAGUUACUCUCCUUGGAACGUAUCAGAACUGCACUCCAGGAGAUGUGAUUGUCCAGCAUCUUCAGAAGCAUCUCGGUGCCACAACCGUCAGUGCGGCUGAAAGGAUUGGCCAGGAUCUCAUCGGCCAUGGCUUCUUGAGAUUAGUUGGAAACAUGGGAAACACAUUUGCUAACUCAUCCAAGAUGAGCUAUCAAUGGAAGCCUAAGGCAUUUGAACUUGCUGGAAAAGCGCCAGCACCGACUUUGCAGAGAAAGGGAACCUUGGCUAACAUGCUUGCACCGGUCGAGGAGGCCGAUGAUUUAAGCCCUGAGAGCCCUGGGAAUGCCUUGAGUGACAUGUUCAAUAGAUAUCUCAGCCAGCCUCGCCCUGGCGAGACCCAAUACGACAAACUGAAGAGAGAAGCCGCCGAAGCAGAUGAGAAGUACAAGGGUGGUGUCCAAAAACUUGAUUUAAUUCGUUGUAAUCUUGAAGAAGCUAUGAUGGAUCACUUCAAGUUCAUGGAGAGGUGCGAACUAGAUAGGUUGAAGGCUAUCAAGGCCGUUAUCCUUGACUUCUCAGGCGCCGUUUCGAACGUCAUCCCUACCCUACAGUCGACCGUCGACACCAUGAUGCUGUUCCAGGAAACCGUUCAACCGCCUGGAGAUCUGAGGUUUAUGAUUGAUACCUACAGGACUGGGUCCUUUUUGCCCAGGGUUACUACGUAUGAGAGCUACUAUAACACUGCCGGCGACCAGACCUAUGGCGUUGAUUUAGAGUUGAGGGCUAGGGGCGAUCGUAAGAGAGUACCUCUUAUUGUCACCUCGAUCCUUCAAUAUCUCGACAACCAUUACCCCGAUCUUGAAACCGAUGAAGCUCGACGUGGCAUCUGGACGGUCGAUGUUCCAUUGAAGGCUACUCACCACCUUCGAAACGUGAUCAACAAUGGAAAAGCAAUUCCUAGGGAUGUCUUGGAGAAAUAUGACAUGCCUAUUGUUGCUAGCGCUUUAAAGCUUUACCUUCUUGAGCUUCCCGAUUCCUUGGUUUCCUCCCGCGUUUACGAUGUUAUCAAGACCAUCUAUCACACUCACGGCGGCGAGGGCGACGACCAAACCCGUCUUUCUGUCAUUCAAAACACCCUUGGUGGUCUCUUGCUCGCUAACAUUGCCACUCUUGAUGCUUUGGUUUCUCACUUUACUAGACUGAUCGAACUUACAUCCGCCGAGGAGCAGUACUACACUGACCUCAGUGCCGCAUUCGCCCCAUGUAUCCUGAGACCCCGCGUGGAGAGCAUAGUAACUCUUCAUGACAAGCACGCCCAGCGAUUGUUCCGUGACCUUCUAUCUCAUAAGGAAUUGAUUUUUGGUGAACUCAAGCGUGAACGUUCUUUGAAUGCGGGAAGAAACCGUGCUCCAAGCUCGACAGAUGAGUCCAGUCGCAAGGUGAACGAGCAAGCCAGAGCUCGAGCUGUGAUUGCCGCCCGAAGCAGGCCUUCCUCUCCAGCCACAGCAUCGCGCAAUAGACGCGAUUCGUCGAGAGGCGGCGAUUUCCCUAGGAUACCAGUCAACCCGACACAGUCCCCUACAACCAGUGUCUCUUCCCGCUACCGACAAUCGCUUGAGGUUCCUGGACUUCCAACUAGCGGCCCGGGUGGCCUGGGUGAUAUUGAUCCUCAGCAGGCCGCCUUCGCAACUCAAGAGUCGUCUCCAGGGUUCGCUCAGACCGCAGAAAGCUAUGAGCAAAGUCCUGAGGACGACGCCUCGCCCUCUGAUAACAAAUUGCCGCAUCAGCCACCCCCAAAGGCUGAAGACGGCGGCUUCAGGAGAGCUUCGCGGGGUUAUCAGCCACGAAGGAAUAUCCGACCUGAGGGUGUUAGCUUAAGCGACAGGCCUAUUGAGGAUUAA